CAGGACAGUGCAGGGACAAGACACAGAGUUGAGGUUAGACAUAUAAGUUACUGUAUUUCACCACAAGUGUUUAAUUAUGUCAGAGGGAGUCUAUGAAAUCCCAGAUGGAUUUGAAGAAGACGAGCCUGAUGCAAUGAAGAACACAGACAUUGAUGGAAAAUUAUAUGCCAACGUAAGAGCCUUCAAGCCCAGUCCAAGACAUGGAGUUGUUGCUUCAGCACAUGUUCAGUGGUGGAAGAGACCCUCUGGAGUUGCUGCAGUGUGUCUGGGGCUGCUGUGUGUUCUCCUACUGGCUGGGAUCAUAGUCCUGUCUGUCUACUAUGAUAAUCACAACUCAACACAGAUAGACCAGCUACAGACCAGUUACAACACCCUGACUAAAGAGAGAGACCAGCUACAGACCAGUUACAACACCCUGACUAAAGAGAGAGACCAGCUACAGACCAGUUACAACACCCUGACUAAAGAGAGAGAACAGCUACAGACCAGUUACAACACCCUGACUAAAGAGAGAGACCAGCUACAGACCAAUUACAACACGCUGACUAAAGAGAGAGACCAGCUACAUUCUGACAGAGUUUUUCUUAGCGGGAGGCUUUCCAAUCUCAGCUGGCAGAAGGUUGAAUCCAGUUGGUACUUCCUGUCUACUGAGACUAAAAACUGGAAGGAGAGCAGAAAGGACUGCCUGGAGAGAGGAGCAGACCUGGUGAUCAUAAACAGUGAUAAGGAACAGGAGUUUCUCUUCAACCUCAACAAGGGAGUCUGGAUUGGUCUGACUGACUCUGUUACUGAGGGGACCUGGAGAUGGGUGGACAGAACCCCACUGACCACCCCAAGGUACUGGUCUCCAAAUCAGCCUGAUAAUGUCUCCAAAUCAGCCUGA